AGUUAAUGAUUAGCUGAGCUGCUAUCACGUGAUUACGUCUCGGGCAAUCGCGUACGCUGCUGUGGAGCAUCUUGUCCCAGGGGUAGCUGCAGUAUAGGCUGUGCGUUUAGCUGAAGGUACAUAUUACACCCACCGACCACAGUACUGACAAAAGUGAUACUUCCAGCUGCCUGAUCUGAGAUCAACACAGUCAUUUCCAAACCCCAAGGACCUCAUAGUUUCAGCUAUGCCGCCUCCACUACGUCAUCGCUCUAUGCGGAUCUUCGUGAACGAUGAUCGCCAUGUUAUGUCCAAGCACUCCGCUAUCUAUCCCACACAAGAAGAGCUGGAGGCUGUGCAGAAUAUGGUUUCCCACACUGAGCGUGCCCUCAAGGCUGUGUCUGAUUGGCUGGACGAGCAAGAGAGGGGAUCUGCCAAAUCGAAUCCUGUCGAUGGUGCAGGAGAUGCACAUAAAGAGAUUGAGCCCAAAUCAGCGGAGCAGACGACACGCUCCCUGCGUGGUGUGAUGAGGGUGGGCCUGGUGGCCAAAGGCCUACUGCUGAAGGGGGAUCUGGACCUGGAGUUAGUGCUUCUCUGUAAGGACAAACCCACAGCCACACUUCUAAAGAAAGUGGCUGAGAAUCUCAGUGUGCAGCUCAAGCUCAUCACGGAGGAUAAGUAUGAGGUGAUGCAGUUUAUCCGUGACGCCUGCAUCAUGAUCAAAAACGCCAAGCAGCCCAGUCUCAAUCUCACCAUUCACCUGACGUCACCUGUUGUCAGAGAGGAAGCUGAGAAGCAGGCUAUUGGAGAAACGCUAUCAGUCAACGAUCCCCCGGAUGUACUGGACAGGCAGAAAUGCCUGGCUGCCUUGGCGUCUCUUCGCCACGCCAAGUGGUUCCAGGCCAGGGCCAAUGGGUUGCGCUCGUGUGUGAUUGUCAUCCGGAUCCUGAGGGAUCUCUGCACCCGUGUUCCCACUUGGGCCCCUCUUAAAGGAUGGCCUCUUGAGCUACUGUGUGAGAAAUCGAUUGGCACAGGGAACCGGCCAAUGGGAGCAGGAGAAGCUCUCCGCAGAGUUUUGGAGUGUUUGGCUUCUGGAAUCCUGAUGUCAGAUGGUUCUGGCAUCUCUGAUCCCUGCGAGAAAGAGCCGACUGAUGCCAUUGGUCACAUGGAUUUCCAACAACGAGAGGACAUCACCCAGAGUGCUCAACAUGCUCUAAGGCUUUCUGCUUUCGGGCAACUUCACAAAGUACUUGGAAUGGAUCCUCUUCCUUCUAAAAUGCCAAGGAAACCUAAAACUGAAACCCCGAUCGACUACACAGUUCAGAUUCCACCAAGCACAACCUAUGCUCCACCCAUGAAACGACCAAUUGAAGAGGAGGAGGGUGGUGAUGACAAGAGCCCUAACAAGAAGAAGAAGAAACUUCAAAAGAAAUCUCCAGAUGAAAAGUCGGAGCCUCCUCAGGCCAUGAAUGCUCUGAUGCGGCUAAACCAGUUAAAGCCUGGUCUCCAGUAUAAGCUAAUUUCUCAGACUGGACCUGUUCAUGUGCCAGUCUUCACCAUGGCUGUGGAUGUCGAUGGCAAGACUUUUGAAGCAUCCGGUCCGUCAAAACGCACUUCCAAACUUCAUGUAGCAGUUAAGGUUCUGCAAGACAUGGGCCUUCCCACAGGAGUGGAGCAAAAGGUUGCAGAACCAGUAAAAGCAGAGGUGGUACCACCCACUCCGGAGAUGGAGGUGAAGACUCCAGUCCCGCCAACUGAAAUGGAGGCUCCAAUCGAUGUGACCACAAACUCUGAGCCUGCUGAGAGCACUGAGGGCGCACGGCAGCAGGGCCCCAUUUUGACCAAACAUGGCAAGAACCCAGUGAUGGAACUGAAUGAGAAACGUCGAGGUCUCAAAUAUGAGCUUAUCUCUGAGACUGGUGGCAGCCAUGACAAACGCUUUAUCAUGGAGGUUGACAUAGAUGGACAGAAGUUCCUGGGUUCAGGCUCCAAUAAGAAGGUGGCAAAGGCAUAUGCAGCUCUGUCUGCUCUGGAGAAACUAUUCCCAGAUGGCUCCAACUCUGAAGCAGCCAAGAAGAAGAAAUCAAUGCACACACCAGGAUUUGGAAUGAUUAGUGGAGCGCCUGCUGAUCCAACAGCCAAUCCCAGAGGUAGAGGACGAGGGCGAGGUAGAGGCAGAGGGAGAGGUUUUAAUAAUGGCGGCGGAUAUAAUCAAGGUGGCUAUGGAAGUUAUGGAUAUGGAAACAAUGCUAACUCUGGCUACAAUUACUACAAUAAUGGUGGAGCUAAUGGGGGAUCUUCAGGAAUGCCUCCUGGACCAGGCCCAGCGUCCAGUGCCUCAGCAGGUGGUCCUCCAGAUACAGGUGGCUUUGGCUCAUAUUACCAGAAUGACUGCGGUUACUCCACCCCAGGUUCAGUGGGCAAAAUCCCUGGGAAGAAGGUUCCAAUGCACCAGGGAACUAAACCUCCAGGCACAGGAGCAGCUCCUGUAACCUACCCAAACCCCACGGGCCCGGGGCAAAGUUCCUAUGGCCAGUAUGGGCAGAACUACGGCCAGGGCAAGAAGAACUUUGGCCAAUCUCAAGGUGGCCCCACAGGUGGAGGUUACGGCAACUACAGCACAGCUUAUCCAUCCCAAGUGACAGGAGGUCCAGGGUCUCAGGACUACGGCUAUGAGGGUUAUAGUAACCAGUCAAACUACAGCCCACAAGGAUCCAAUCAGAGUUAUGGUUCCAAUCCUGGACAGUACCAUAAUCCCGGAGUGGGCUAUGGCCGUGGUGAAGGCAACAUGAACUACCAGUACAGAUAGAAUAAACCUGACACUCACACGCUCUUCAUCAGCAUUGCGGUUUUUGCUUGGUAAACCAUUUCCCAAGUAGCAGCCACAGAAUUGUACUUUUUCAGAUGUUCUCACUGACACCAUGUAGUUGUACAAGAUUAGGAAAAGUACUUGUGUGGGGUAUUUUUCGUGCAAGUGUGCUUUUUUUUAUUUUAUAUAUAUAUAUAUCUAUAUAGAUCCUCUCCUUAAGGACAAAGAACCACCACAAGCAUGUUGAGACCCGAUUUUGAAUUUGACUUGGCAAAUGUCAUUUUUCCAUAAAAUUUCAAAGCUGGGUAGUUAGACAUUCAAAGCUCGCACCCCCACUGUGUGUUUUUUUUUUUUUUUUUUUCUCUUUAAUGUUCGUUUCCCCACCCCCCCAUCUACCCAUUUUUAAUGACGUUUUAUUUAAAGGUUUUCAUUUUAUCCCCCUUCCUUAAAUGACUUUUGAAUGUUUGUGUUUAUUUCCCCGUCAUUGUAGACAUUUAAUAGUGUCCUUUUUUUUAAAUUACCUUUGCUUUGGAUAAACUUGUGAAAGAUGUGAAGUGUAAAUUCGGCUCGUCUAUAGCUGUUUUGUGUGUUUUUGGGGAAAUUCUAUUUUUUAGGAACAAUGUCCUUCACUGUAUAUUGUAACUACUCCUCAUUUUGGAAGGAAAGAAAUUGUGAGGUCACUGGACUGUCUGGCUUUUGUGUCUUUUAAUAUACUACUCUUUAACACUU